AUGGAAUCGGUAGGGGAUGAUGUACAAAAAUCGUUGGAGCUUUUGGACAAAGUUCUGUCAGAGUUUGACGAUAUAGAAAACGGAAAUUUGGACGGGGAUAGCAUAGCGUCAGUGCAACAACAAACUCUAAACAUAAAAAAUAGUUUAUUUGAAAAAAAAAAUAAUAAAUCGACGACGGACACGGGGAUUCGUGUGGCGGGUCAAACGGACGACGACAGUCCAUCGUUGGGCGGACACCAGUCGGAAGACGACGGGUACAUGAGCAUGAAUGGUAAAAAGGCUAAAUUCGUAUUAAGUUUUCGUCCCGUUUCGGACGAAGUCGGUAAUAACGAAUUGCCUCCGGCUCCGGAUCCACCGCCAACUGAAUCGCCGCCCGAAGAAAUGGCGGAUUUUCCACCGCCUCCCGAAGAAGCGGAAAGAAUUAUAUCGAAUUUACUUCCAAAGGUUUCACCCGUGAGUUCGGGUAAAAGGCAAAAAACAAGUAAUCAAAUACGUUUUGUAAAGCCAUUUUUGACUUCGAUGACUUUAGGAAAAGAAAUUAAUCAGGUUAAAAUGGAGGAUGGAAAUGCGACGACGGCCACACAAACCACACUCCCUAAAACUCGUCAUCAAAGACCCUACGGAUGGGAAAACAACGUUGUUCAAGUACCGCCAUUUCAUCUUCAAAUGCCUCAUCACGUUCAAAAUAAAUACGGAAGUCUCCCUUACGAAGGUGCUCUUCACCAGUUCAGGUAUCCUCCGCCGUGGAUGCAAAAAACAGGUCCUUUACCCCCGAGAACUUUGGCUUGCGCUUUGGACAAGCACAGAGAAGUUCGUAGGCAAAAUAUGGACGAUGGAACCCACGUCGGGAAUCGAUACGGAGAUGACGAUUCGAACGACGAUGACAAUCCGGCAAAUUUUUCCGACGAUUCAUUGGAGGAAUCGCCGCCGUCGCCAUUCCCGCCAUUAAAUAAAAGGGGAAGCAUUGCGUGGGAAGUUCCCUUGGGUUUCGAAGACGAUGAAACUUACAUGGCGCCUGGAAGCACCAAAGUCAUCGGAAGGAGAAGAAGAAAAUCGACGGAUCAUUCAAGUACGAAUUCGAUUAAUCGAUCGAGAGAUUUGGAAGAUUGGCCCGAACCGCCGAAUAAUCCGGACGAUGAAAUAAUUUCACCGUACAGCGAUUCGUAUUACGGUUCAAACGAUGGCCUUCCGGAAGCUUUGCCCCUCGAUUUGACAUUUAACGGAACUUACGUAAUAAGAAAAGGAAGAAAAAAAGAGAGGUGUAGUUUGAGUAAAAAUUUACCGUCGGAAUCUCGUCAGACUCCUCCUCCUCCUCCUCCUCCUGUUCUUCCUCCGGUCAAAUACGAAAGACAGUCUAGUUUGGAAGGUCGGAGCGCCAUGAAAGGAAAUUUCGAUUUGAAACGCGCGAGUUCGACUUUUGACAAUAUUAAAUCUUUGUUAAAAGAAGGUUUGAUUGAAGGUUUAAACGAUCCUCCGCCUGAUUUUUCACCGCCCAAUCCUCCCAAAUUAGUGAGAGUCGUUUCACUGCCCACGCUUUCGGUCGAUAAAAGCGAAGUGUCGGAUCACGUCGAAAAUCAUCAUAGAAAUUCUAAAUGCGAAAGAUUUUGUAAAAUGAACGAAUUGGCGGUGACGCUGGAAGAAGCCGAAGAUGAACUCAACAGUCUCGACAAUCCGAGUUUAAACGAUCCGCCGGAUUCUCUGGCGAACGACGAGGAAAAGGAAAACGUUUUUAACGGUAACGUUGAAAAAAUUCAUUCGAAAAGAGAAUAUUGUCAAAGGGCAACGACGAAAAAGUGCAAUGAAGUGGAAACGCAAACCGAUUUAAGUGACACGGAAGCUCAAAAUGAAUUAGAUUUAGCCGGAAAACAAUUUUCCGAAAUGUCAAAAACCAAAUCCGAAUUAGAAGAAGUUGAAAAAAAAAUACAAGAAAUAGUCAAAAUAAAAACAGUUAUUGAAAAUCAGGGGAGGGAAGAGGAAUUUUCGGAUCCGUGGGUAAAAGCAGAAGAUAAACCCCCGGAUGAAUUUCCAGUCAACGUGGAAGUACUCCAACACGAUUUCGGACCUCUACCGCCAUCUCCCGUGGAAGAAGACGACGACGAAGAUGACGACGAUGAAGAAGAAGAAGAUGGAGGAGAAGGAAGAGAUAAAUAUUCGAACGUGUUUCGAUCGACUUCUGCGCAAUCGUCGGGAAAAGUUAAAGAGGACGGAUUUUAUCGAUGCGAAGAUCCCCCUAAUAGCGAUCCAAGUGGAAAGUACUUAAAUCGACCACCGGAGCCUCUACCUCACAGGGCUUCUGAUCCGAUCCCCAUCGGUUUAAUAUGUCGUUCCUCGGAUGCGGGGUUCAAUAGGGGUCCCAGAUUAUAUUCAAAUGAAUCGAGGAACGAGAAAACAACGGAAAGAAGAACGUUACCGUCGGAAUUUCCGGGACCGGUAUCAAGGCGGAGAACAUUUCAAAAGCGAUCGUCGACGUUGCCACAAGAAAACAGUCAAACGUCUUGUUCGCUCCCCGAGACUCCUAUUUUUUCAAGAGGUUGCGACAUACCCAGAACUCCUCAUCGUUGCGCUCCGGGAGAUUCUAUACGUCCCGGAGGGCUGCAAAGCAGCACGUACAGACGUAACGGAGGGAUCGCUAAUUCGAAUGCAAAUUGUAAAACGGGAGGAGGAGGAGGAGUCACGCUUCCCGGAGGAGGAGGAGGAGGAUUCAAUCAAGGGAUUGUCGGAGCCGAAUUGUUGAGACUUGCGGGUGGUCCCGGUCGAGGAUGGUAUCCUCGUCACAGGCAACACAGACCCGCAUCAAUCGAACAAUUGGAUAGACUUCCUCAUUCGGGAAAUAAUUCGGAAAAUGGAUUGCCCGGACCCUGGGACAUGAAUACCUCAAUGAGAAAACCCAUGACUCUACCCCCGAACAUUACUCCGAAAUUUUUUCAUCGAUCUCCGAGAGAAGCUUUAAGAAGAGUUACUAGUCUUUUAAUUAGAGGAAAGGCGGAACUUGAAUGCGGAUUUGCGUGA